CAGGUAAAGCAUCAUUUUCUAAUCCUCCCAACCAUGGGAGAGCACAAAGCCGUGCUGUGACGCUCCCCUCCCGCUCGCCCCCUGCACCAGGUGGGCAGCCCCGAUGUCGGCCAAGCUCUACGUCCUCAUCAGCUGGCCCGACGGCAGCCGGGUGAUCAACAUUGAGAACAUCAAGGAGCCCCGCAAGCCCUUCCACCUCUACAUGGUGGGUGAGCAGGUGCUGGCCCGCUGCCCCGGCUUCAGUGGGCUCUACUGGGGGAUGGUGGAAGGCAUAAGUGAGCAUAAAGAUAUUUUAGAGAAGAAGCUGCUGGAAGAUAGACAGCUCCUGGAGAAGUUGAAAGAAGAACCGGCCAUCCACAGUGUGAUGCCACCCCAGCCAAAAAAAUCCAGGAAAACCUUCCCAAAAUGGACCCCGGGGAAUGCAUCCAGGAAAUACCAUGGCGACAGGACUUAUCCUGCCAAGCCGCUGCUGAGGGUGGCCGAGGCCAGCCUGCCCCAUGACAUUGGCAGCUCCUCCAUCAUCAAGGAGAGAUGUGCCCUGGGCAAUGCAGCAGGAAGCCCCCGCUCACUGGCAGGGUCCCCCCACCCAGCCAGCGCCUUCACACCCCCAUCCACCUUUGUCACCGUGGCCAUGCCGGGGACUUCCCAGGGUGAAGAGGACAGGGCUGGUCCAGCUACCAGAGAUUACGUUGCCCUGCCAGUGAAGAGGAAAUCAGAUGGCAUCUUGUCCCAAUGCCAGCAACACAUCUUUCUGAACAGCUGUGAAGAUCGGAAGCUUGAUGCUUUGCAAGAGACAGAUGACUUCGAGAGAGUUCAGAAAAAUUUUGGUCCUGGUGAAAUGGAAAGGGCGGAGAGGAUAGAGCAGCUGGAGAGGAUGGUGUUGGACCUCCAACAGGAUGUUCUCUCUCUGAAGAAGAAGGUGCAGAGACUGGAAUCCCUGUCCUUCCAGGAGGAGCCCCACCGGCAACCGUGCGAGGUGGUGGAGCUCUUCAAUGGCUACACCAAGGAACAGCUCAAAGAGACCAUCCGGUUUGACCAGAAAAUCAGCACUGCCUGCAAGACACUGCUCUACAAGCUCUUCACAUCUGACUAUAUCCAGAGCCACUCCAUCACGGGGCGGAGGGGCAAUACUUUCCGAGAGGCGAAGCCCAUGAUGGAUGAACGCUGCAUCAAAAUCAUUAGGGUGCUGUUGAAACAGAAGUUUGGAGAUCACCUCAGUGACACAGUGAUCACGGAGAAGAUACAAAACGUGCAGAAAGCCCUGAGGCAGAAGUUUAAGACGGAAUGUCUCUGAUGCAUGGGGGCCUUGGUGUCCCUUCCUACCAUGCUCAUCGGUGUACCUGAGCAGCCCUCCCAGAAAAGACAAAGCUGAUCUGCUGCUCUUCAGCUGAUUCCACACAAGGAGCCAACCCAAGCGAACCGUGCGCUAAACACAACACAAACCUUUCACUGCCAAACCUCUGCCUGCAUUAAUCCAGCGGGAAUUUUGCCCAGCUUGGCUGGGUUUUUGCACAUCUGCUAGCAUUUUACAAGUUCCUUUCCAUCCGGUCUGUGUGCAAACCUCACUGCAGGGUGCGUGUAAUGAUCUCUGGGCCUCUUUGAUGGACAUGCUCGAGAGCUUGAGGGUUCCUGUUGGGUGCAAGUAUGGGUCAGUAAGUCAGCUUUGUUCCACCUUGCAGUGGGUUAGGGAGAAAGAUUGGCCCUGGGGCAGGGAGUCCAGCUGCAGAUGGACUUUGUGUCACCCACCACGGCUUCUCUCUGCAUGUCUGUGGUUGCCUCCUUCUGCCUGUGGGACAAUAUUUGCUCUCUUUGCUCCCAAUGAAUGUGUUUUACAAUUUUCUGCAGUAACAGAAAAGCAGACUCGUUAAAACAACACCAUAAAAUAUUCAGAGAAAGAUAAUUUCAUUUUCCCCUCUGUUUUAUUGUAGCUGCAUGGAAGAAGUGUCUUCACUAACAAAAAUCUGCUGAACAAGAGAAGAAGUGGUCACCCAUGGAAAUUACUUAACAUUAAUCUGGUUUUGAAAGGAAAAUUAUUUCCAUGGAGAAAUCCUGUACAUUUUUAUGACAUAAGGUUGGGGGAUGGAGCGCAAAAUAUGGCCUACUGUAGCUACACCUUUCCUUCAAAGAUCAGACAUAUUAUGAACACAGUCACUAUAAUUUAAAUACAGUGUCUUUAUCCUAGUUAAAUUCUAGGUACAACCAGGGAUUUUGCUGUGUGAGAGACUAUAGAGAAGGGCUAGGAAGACAGGUCUUUUUCUAAAUAGUUCGGAGCUGGAUUUUGGGUGGGUUAAAAGUGGUUUUAACAUUAAAAGAAUAAGAUGCUGACACCAGUCCACCUAAUGGAAGUGCUGUAAAAUACCAAGCAUUCCCUUUUAAAGAGGCUUCUCAGACAAGAAAUUGGUUUUCUAAGUUUAAUUUUUAAAUUAUUCAGGAAAGGAAAUGCCAGUUGUUUUGCAUUAAUGAAAACAUUUGGUUUAAUUUAUAUGUUUUGUUAGUUUUCAAGUAUUUAAUUUCUUCACAGCUACAUGAGAAAUAAUAAUCCAAAAUAAAUGUAUUGAAAAACAAGGAGCUGUUUUGAAAGAAAAAAAAAAAAAAGGGAAAUGUGUUAUUUUCAGAAUUUUCCUCCCCCUUUUGCCUUGUUUCUACUUGAAAACAAAAUCAUUAAAGUAGGGUUAAUGCUAUGAAGCAUUUUGAUUUUGGUGGGAGAUAUGCUUGCCAACAUUUUUGGAACUAUUUUCAUCAGAUGUGUUUAACAGUAAUGCUAAAUUGCUGUAGCCAAUAACUUAAAGAUAUUCCUUCUGUUUUCCCAGUGCAAAUGGUUUUCCUAACUCUCUAUUAUGCAAACAUGCCAGUGACCAUUUCUCAUCUGUAUGGGCCUUGACUUGAGCAGCAGCUGGAGGGGGUCUACUGUGAUCACUUAGAGCCAAGAGUGCAGCCAGUCCUUGAAAAUACACUCAAACUGAGCAGAACUGCCCCAAACCCUCCUCAAUGCAGAAACACUCCUUAAAAUACAGCUGCCUUGCCAGAAACAUGUUACCUUCCCGCUGCAGGCAAGACCUUAGGUUGGUAUCACCGCUCAAGGAAACACCCCAGGAGAUGUUUUUAAUGUUGACUUAUCAAAGAGAAGAUUGAGGAGGCACAAACAGCCUUAUUCUGCAGGCACUUGCUUUGGCAUCAGCCCUUGGGGCUUUCUCGCACCUUCCCUGAAGAUUCUGCUUCUAAUUUCCCCAGCGACGUUGCAGCCAGCAGCACGGCAGCAGGGAGGGAUGGAGAGGAUGGGUGCCUCAGACCCACCCCAGUGAGGGACCACCAUCACCUCCUGCGUGGCCAAGACUGCAUCCAAGCCAUUUCCCUGGGCACACAUUUUCGCCUUAAUCUUCCCUCCCAGUGCUUCAUCAGUUCCCUUGCCAAGUUGCAGCCUUGAAAGCCAGCUCACAAAUGUUAUUUAUUAAAAUACGUGCUGCUGCUGCCCUGCCUCACUGAGCUCCCUCCGACGAGCUGCAGAUCAUUACUGCAAAAGGAGGAAGAAAAAAGACCGAGAGGACAGACUUGCUGCAGGGAGCCAUGGCUCCCGAAACGAGUCGUCUCUAAUCAGCUCCUCGGGAAGCAGAUGAGCCGAGUGACCUUUCUGCUUGAAAGGCCCUUUGGUGGCUCCGUCGGAGGUAAACUUCACAGCUUAACACGCUUUCUGAUACUCAGCAAGCGCUUUCCAGAUGCGGGGCCAGCGGCAUGGGCUGAUGGAUGCUUCCCGGCUCCGUGCACAGCAUAGCCACGGCAUUAACGAGCCGAUGCUCAGAUGGGCCCUUCUCGGCUAUAAAAGUUGUCCUUAGCUGCUCUCGAAGGCUUUGAUAUGGUGGAGAGGGCUGAAGAAAGGCAACGUGGGUGGCUUUUCGUUAAACUUCAUUUUUAAGGUAUUUGUGAACUGGAGGCAGCAUUUCUAGGCUAAUUGGGAGCACUCACAGACACCGACGAUCAAACAUCACUGUGAGGAUGCCGAUGCUCUCACCUCCGUGAACUCCAGCUCUGGUUAAUCAGCCAGAGAAGAUCAUACAGUGGCUGAGAUGUGGCAUCCCUUCGGGGAUGAAGGAGUCAGGGAAGAUAGAGGAGGAGGAGGAGCGUUUAUGCCAGAACCACUUCACUUGGGGCUGUUCAAAGCCCGUGUCUCUCUUUAAGUGACGAAGGGCAGCUCCACUGAAUUGCAUUAACCUCCCACUUUAAAAGAACUACUGGGAGAAGCUGGACAGGUCUUUCUGUUGAGCUGAAUCGCUCAGUUGAACCCACAGCAUCUUGUUAAGAACAACGCUCCUGUUCAGCUUCUGGGCCCCCUGGAUGCAGGAGAAACGUGGGCAGCAAAAACUAGGGUCAAAACUCAGGGUGGUCUUCAAGGAGGUUUUGCGCUUGGUUCAAAAGCAAGCAGAAGUGGGACUUGUCAACCUUUGCAAAUAUAGGACGGGCAUGAAACAUCCAGUACUCUCUCCUUUCAGCAGGAACCAGAGCAGCAAUGCUGUCCUCAGGAGUUUGCACGAUUCAACCAGGGUGUGCAGCAACUGAGCAGGGACCUUACAGGGCUCUGGGGUUCUCUGAGGGUCCUUGGUCCCCAGCAUCCCAAAACACUGCAAUGGGGCACUGCCACCCACCACCCACCGUGUGGUUACACCUCUUUUGUUUCCUUAGGAACCAGCUGAAAGCUGUGUUGCAUGGUGGCAGCAAUGCUGCCAGCAAUACACAGGUUUUUCAGGGAAAAAUGGGAGCCUUCCCAGCCUUUACACUUCAGCUGGACCACAACAUGAGGCUUCUAUAAUUUUCAGUUGCAGAGGUGCUGCUGACAGGACUGCUGACUUCAUGUGGGGAAAAGAACCAGCCAAAACAGGAGGAAAAUUCUCCGGUGUUUAACCCCAUUUAUUUCCCUUUUAUUUCCUUGACUCUGCCAGGGGGAUUCCAGCGCCCAGAUUUUAAUUUGCCCGUUUCUCGGCUUUUAAGAAACACAAAUGGCUAAGUCUCUCAAUGGCUGCAGGGUGUGCAUCCCCUAGAAACUGUAAGGCAUUAGUUUAAUGAAAACAUGCAAACUGUGAGUAUCAGCUAAAGGAAUAAUCUUAAAACGUAACUAAAUCCCUUCUUGGGUUUUAAUCAAGGCUCACAAAGCCUGGCUGCCUUUACAUGAGUCCCAGGCAGCCGCUGAUGAGGCUGCGUGAUGCUCCAAGCUUGCUGGACAUGCUUGGAAAAAACCUUCUGAUGCAGAAUUAGUGGUGUAGCGGGUGGUGGAAGGGUCUUGUGCUUGUGGCUUCAUCUGGUUUGAGAUGCUCCAUCACACAGCUGGAGGAACAGGGAUGCGACCUAUAGAGAGCUCAGCUGGGGGGUCAGUGAAAUAUUAAAAGGACAAGCCUUGGUCUGUGUGAGCUUGAAGCUGUGUGCCAUUUCCUGCUGGCAUUCAACACGCAAAUACUCAGUGUCACGAGAAGAUUUUUUUGUUCUUGUUCUGGUAAGUCUUUCUCUUAUUUGGCUUCAAAAAGACAGUGAAAGAGAGAAAAUGCAUCUAGAGAUGUGGCCCCAGAGCUAUAUGUGUGUACUAUAUUUGCACUUCUGGAAUAUUUUUUGACAAAAGUAAUUUUUUUUAUCAUUUUACAUUUUUCUUGAAAGCAUCCCUGCAUAUUUUUUUGAGAGUGCAUACACAUACGUGAUAGGUGUGAGACUAUAUCAGAUUCUAUAACUUUAAGCAAUCUUUCAUGUCUCUGCUUCAGUCACAUAUUCAUUACACAUAAUUUUUACCAGUAUUUCUCUGUCUGCAGUACAUGAUCACAUUAUUCUGACUCAUAUCUCUCUAUCUCCCCCAUCUAUUCAGAGUCAAAUGGAACUGGGGAGAUAGUUAUUAAAACACAGCAAGCAUAGAAAUAAAAUUAACCAUAGAACCAGUUCUCUGUGUGCUGAAUACACUGAGGAAAUAAAAGGG